UUUAUCUGUGGGCCCUCCAAUCGCGUCAUAAGUCGGCGACUGAGCCUUGGCGGUGGUGGCCGAGGCGGCGAAGGCGGCAGCGGCGGCGACAGCUCUGGGGUUUGCUUCUCGGGGUGUGUCGGCCGCCGCUGCUGCUUGGGCCUGGUAUGUACAAAUGGCUGGUUAGGAUUCUCGGCACCAUUUUCCGUUUCUGUGACCGGCCGGUGCCCCCUGCCCGGGCCCUCCUGAAGAGGCGGCGCUCGAACAGCACUUCGUUUUCUACAGUGGACACUGAUGAAAUACCAGCCAAAAGACCAAGAUUAGGUAUUGAAUAUGAAUUUGUAUUUUCGAAUUCUUCAUCUUGUGAACUGACAGGUUCUGGAUCCUGGAACAACAUGCUGAAACUGGGUAAUAAAUCUCCUAAUGGAAUAAGUGACUAUCCAAAGAUCAGAGUGACAGUAACCCGAGAUCAGCCUCGCAGAGUCCUGCCUUCCUUUGGUUUUACUUUGAACUCAGAAGGGUAUAGUAGAAGACCCGGUGGCCGUCGCCACAGCAAAGGCCCUUCAGAAAGUUCUUUAACCUGGAAGCCUCAGGAACAGGUUGUAACAGAGAUGAUUUCUGAAGAGGGUGGCAAGGGUCUGAGGCGUCCCCACUGUACUGUGGAGGAGGGUGUUCAGAAAGAGGAAAGGGAGAAAUACCGAAGGUUAUUGGAGCGACUUAAAGAAGGUGGUCAUGGAAACUCUGUUCCUUCUGUAACUUCAACUUAUCACAGCUCUCAAAGAAGUCACAUGGACACAUUAAAGACCAAAGGCUGGGGGGAAGAGCAAAGUCACGGAGUCAAAACAACUCAGUUUGUUCCAAAACAAUAUAGAGUUGUUGAAACAAGGGGACCUCUAUGCUCAGUGAGAAGUGAGAAGAGGUGUUGUUCAAAGGGGAAAAUUUCUGAUACAGAGAGGACAGUUGGACUCAGACUUGAAAAUGAAGGUAGGAGGGGACACCAACUGGAACCUGACCUAUCCGAAGAGGUGUCGGCCCGACUCCGCCUGGGCAGUGGGAGCAAUGGCUUACUCAGGAGGAAAAUGUCAAUACUUGAGACAAAAGAAAAACAUUGCUCGGGCAAAGAGAGGGAUAAAAGGAUGGAUGAUCUUCUUGAACUUACAGAGGACAUGGAAAAGGAGAUCAGUAAUGCCCUAGGUCAUGGCCCACAGGAUGAGAUCCUAAGUAGCGCUUUCAAGUUGCGAAUCACUCGAGGAGAUAUACAGACCUUGAAGAACUAUCAUUGGCUCAAUGAUGAAGUCAUUAAUUUUUACAUGAAUCUUCUGGUGGAAAGAAACAAAAAACAAGGGUAUCCAGCACUUCAUGCAUUCAGUACUUUUUUCUAUCCCAAAUUAAAGUCUGGUGGUUACCAAGCAGUGAAAAGAUGGACCAAAGGGGUCAAUCUCUUUGAACAGGAACUUAUUCUGGUGCCUAUUCAUCGGAAGGUACAUUGGAGCCUGGUGGUGAUAGACCUACGAAAAAGGUGUCUCAAAUAUCUGGAUUCUAUGGGACAAAAGGGCCACAGGAUCUGUGAGAUUCUCCUUCAGUAUUUACAGGAUGAAAGUAAGACCAAAAGAAAUAUUGAUCUAAAUCUUUUAGAGUGGACCCACUACAGCAUGAAGCCACAUGAGAUUCCUCAACAGUUAAAUGGGAGUGAUUGUGGAAUGUUUACUUGUAAAUAUGCAGAUUAUAUCUCUAGGGACAAACCUAUCACAUUUACUCAGCACCAGAUGCCUCUCUUCCGGAAGAAGAUGGUGUGGGAAAUCCUUCAUCAGCAGUUGCUGUGA